GACUUGUUUAUGUUGAAGGGACAAGUGAAUUACUUUUGUUAGCUCCUGCACUCUAUUUAGAAGCUUAUGUGAGGCUUUUUCUCUCAGCAUGUCUGCUCUGUCGCAGGCAAAAGGAGCAUGAAGUCUGUUUUGUCGCUGAUUUGUGGUUGAUCGAUAUCUUUAGAUAGCGAGAGAAAGAGAGAGGGAGGAGGUUGACUGACACAAGUUUGAUAAGCAGGGUUUCGGCGUGGAGUUAAGUCCAGUGGAUGACUGGUUGGUGGGAAACUCUCCAUCCUGUGCCUGCUCUUGCUGUCCUGGACACAUAAACACACAGAGGACACAGAGGAGGAGGAGCAGGGUCAACCAUGGAGCUGUAGGGACACGCUCAGAUGCCAGUGCCGAUCACCAGUGGAGGAGGAGUGCCGCUGAGGAGAAGAGCUCUGCAAUGAACAAGACCAAGAGGAAGGCCAGUGGAGAGAGCAGGAAGCUGGUCCAGCGGAGGAGGAAUACAUGUCCCAGUCCUCAGGACAUCACCCGGGCCCUGCAGAGCCCCAUCUCUGCUCCCAGUGCCAGCGCUGCCAGCCUGGAUGAGCUCAUCCAGCGCUGCCUGAACUACUUUGAUUCAGAGGGGAAGCUUUCCAGCCCCAGAGGGACCCAAUUGGUACACAUGACCCUGAUGAUGCACAGUUGGGUCGUGCCAUCUCAGAUGUUCGCCCAGAAACUUCUCACUCUUUAUAAGGAUUGUCCCUCGGACAGGAGAGUACUGAGACGGACACAGAUCUGCCACCUCAUCAGGCAGUGGAUCAGCCAGUUCCCAGCGGUAUUCGAGGCAGACCCCCUUCUGGAGCAGACUAUGGGGGACCUGUGGGAGCUGGUGAGGUCAGACGGAGAGGAGACACACUCGCAGCUCAUCGACACCUCCUGCUUAAGCCCUCAUGUGAACAUAUUCCAGGCCCCCUCGCCCUCUGUGAAGAAGAGGAAGGUGUCUUUGAUCUUCGACCACAUGGAGCCUGAUGAGAUGGCUGAGCACCUCAGCUACCUGGAGUUCAAGAACUUCUGUAACGUUUCAUUCCUAGACUACCGCAGCUAUGUGGUGCGAGGCUCGGUGAGGGACAACCCCGCUCUGGAGCGAUCGGUCAUGAUGUGUAAUGGCGUCUCGCAGUGGGUCCAGCUGAUGAUCCUCAGCAGACACACGGCCCAGCAGAGAGCCCAGGUCUUCACUAAGUUCAUUCAUGUGGCUCAGAAACUUCGAGCUCUGCAAAACUUUAACACUCUAAUGGCAGUGACUGGAGGCCUCUGUCACAGCUCAAUCUCUCGCCUCAAAGACACCGCGAACCUGCUGCCUCCUGACAUCACUAAGGCCCUGAGUGAGAUGACAGAGCUGCUUUCCUCGCGCAGCAACUACAGCAACUACCGGCGGGUUUACAAUGAAUGCACCGGCUUCAAGGUGCCCAUCCUGGGCGUCCACCUGAAGGACCUGAUCUCGCUGAACGAGGCCCUGCCGGACUACAUUGACGAGGACAAGAUCAACCUGAGCAAGCUACAGCACCUGUACAGCAACAUCAAUGACCUGCUGGCCAUUCACAGCUGCACGCCGCCCUUCGAGGCCAAUAAGGACCUCCUGCAUCUGCUCACGCUCUCUCUAGAUUUAUACUACACUGAGGAUGAGAUUUAUGAACUUUCGUACACCAAGGAACCCAAAAACACCAAGAUCCAGCCUGUAGCUCCAGUUAAAGCGCCUGUAGUGGCAGAGUGGGGUUCAGGGGUCACACCCAGGCUCGACCCCGACACCAUCUCUAAACACGUCAAACAGAUGGUGGAUUCCAUCAUGAAAAACUACGACCAGAACCAGGAUGGUUACAUCUCACUGGAGGAUUUUGAGAAAAUAGCAGCCAACUUCCCCUUCUCCUUCUGCACUCACGAAACUGACAGGGAGGGACAAAUCAGCCGUGAGGAAAUCACCUCUUACUUCAUGAGGGGAAUGUCUAUAUGUGCCAAGCUGGGCUUCAACUUCAAUGCACACAACUUCCAUGAAACCACGUAUAAACGGCCCACAUUUUGUGAGACUUGUGGAGGCUUUCUGUGGGGAGUCAUCAAACAGGGAUACCACUGUAAAGACUGUGGAAUAAACUGUCACAGACACUGCAGAGAUCUGGUGGGAAUGGAGUGCUUGAAAAAACACAAAAACACAACUGGGUCCUGUCCGUGCACCCCGGCCCCUGACUCAAGAACCAAGGGCAACAGCUGGAGUUCAGAGGAGGAGACCUUUGUUUUCCCCCAAAGUAACGACUCAGAAAACAACCAGGGCACCUCUCUAUGGAAAAAUAACAGCAGCGACUUCACGCUUUCGGACCGCUCCACUCAGACAGAUCCUGGAGUUUGGACGCCUGAGAAAAAGGACAAGCGGGGAAACCACCACAACUCUCUCGUACAUGCAUCCCCGGACAGAAGGGUCAAUACACUUCCACACAGAGCCCGCGGCUGCUCCAUGCCCGUUUCCUUCCUGCAGGAGAAGAUGGAGGAGCUGCAUCUCUACAAAGACAAGAGCAGAGAGCCAGACUGAACGCUCCAUCCUCUAACAUUUCCCCUCAUGGACAUAAACAUCCAGACACCACCAUGUCUCUGACAAAGCUGUCUGACUGGUGUUGAACUGAUGAGAUUCACUGGUCAUUCACAUCAGAAUGCCAGAAAUUAUAUGUAUGGACUCCGUCGUGUUUAAAGUGUGAUGAAAUGUUUUUAUUAUUUUAUUUUUGUCAGCAUUGUUAAUUUGGCAAAUUGUUUAGGCUUCAAACAUUAAUUCUGUAAUUUAUGAACACCUCCUCUUGUUUUUAGAAAUUUGUGCCUUGGCUCUCUGGUGCUACAAUUCAACCUCAGUUCAAAAGGUAAUUUAUGACGACAGACACAGAGGGUUUCCUGAUCACACAUCAUCAACGCAGGGUGGGAAAUUAACACUAACAUCAACACAUUUCUGGUUAAUUCUAACUCUGGCAGCUAUUUGACAACUCUGCUCAUCAUGAAUUUGGAAAUUUAAACAUUUUUAGAGUUACUGUUUGUUUGGCUUUGGUGAGAUGAAGACAUUAUGCACGAGACAGUUAUCUGUUCAUUUAAAGGGAUCGUUCAGAUCUUUUGCAGUGUGAUGUAUGAUUGUAUGAGGUGCUUAGUCAGUGCAUUACCUACAGGAGGUGUCAGUCGGCACGCUCGCAUUUUGGAGAAGCAGGCUGGAAGGACAAGGAGGCUAAAACAAUGAGCUGCUGUGGAGGGAGUAGCAACAAACCUCUUUUAGCCAGUAGCAGCUGUUAUCGGUUUAACUCUGUGAAACAUGAGAAAACUGACUUGAUUUCUUUCAAAAACGUGUGAAGACAAUGAGCAAUGAAAAAAGAAUUG